AUGAAAUUCUCUUCGACCUUAAUUCAUUCUUUUAUAGGUCUCUUCCAUAAAGUCAUCCUACAAAGUGGUAGUGCUUUGAAUCCAUGGGCCCAAACAAAACAUAGUGCGCUAGAGUUCGUCAAAUUUAUGGGGGAAAAUGUAAAUAAUGAGAAAGAAGCGUUGCACUAUUUGAGAAAUGUUCCUGUGAAUGAUAUAUUGGUGAAUCAGAACAAAUUCAUUGAGUCACAUAAAACGAAGAUCAGUAUAAUUGGCCCGACUGUUGAGAAACCAAAUGGAACAGAAUUGAUAUCAGAGCGUCCCAUAGAUCAUAUCAAAUCUGGAAACUAUAAUCAGGUGCCAAUGAUGAUCGGGUACUGUUCGAAUGAGGGAUUAUUAGCAGCAACUGGUGAUGAAAUGUUCCAUGUUCCUUAUUCGAAAGGCGAAGAGCACAAUUUAGAUUUAUUUAUUCCUUGGUUUAUGGAAAUCCAGAAAGAAAGUACUGAAAGUGAACUGGUUUGCAGAAGGAUUGCUGAUGUUUAUUUGAAGGAAGAAAAUAUUAGUAAUAAGUUUCUGUUAACCUCGGAUUUCUACUUCAUCUCUGGAAUUAUAGCUAGUGCGAUUCAACAUGCAAGAACAUCAGCUUGUCCAGUUUAUUUAUACAGAAUGGACUUGGAUACAAAUAUCAAUUUCUUGAAAAUCUUGGCGAAUAUCAGAGAACAUCCAGGUAUGUGCCACGCUGAUGAUUUGGGUUAUAUUUUCAAUAUAACUUGUAUCCCUGGAAUGGAAAUUGGAGAUGUCGAACGUAGAGCAGUAAGGCGGUGUGUUGAGUUAUGGACAAAUUUUGCCAAAUAUGGAAAUCCCACACCAAAAAACAACACCUUGGAUGUCGAAUGGAAACCCAUUGAAGAGGAUCACCUCCAUUACUUGAAUAUCGGAAAUGAUGGACUUGUCAGUGAUAAGAAUCCAGAGUUAGAGAGAAUGAAUACGUGGAGGGAUAUUUACAGAAUUAGUCCCCAUACUUCUGGAUUUAUGUGA